AUGAUUAUUGAGGGAGAUGAGAACACAGUGCACAAGAAUGAAGAAAAGAAUAGUGCACUUAACUCCGAGAGGAACGAUCAGGCCUCUUUCCCAGAACAUGUGCUGGUGUUUUGUCAGGUGCAUCAAGAAUUGGAAUUCAGUGUGGUGUUUGGGGAGGCACUAAGAAAGAAAGAGGAAAAUGCAACUAAUCAGAACUGCCUGGGGAAAGCCAUGGCCUACACAUCCAUGCUGUUGCUAUUUAUUUGCAGCCAAGAUGAAGAACAAGAUGGUUUUCCAGAAGUGCAGACCUCCCCCCCACCCUCCCCUUUUCUCUCUGCCAUAUUGGCAGCUUUUCAACCACAGGCUUAUGAUGAUGAAGAGGAGGCUUGGCGCUGCCAUGUUAAUCAGCUGCUGACAGAUACAGAUGGAUCUUCCGCUGUCUAUACAUUUCAUGUGUUCUCUAGGUUGUUUCAGGUGAUUCAGAGGAGAUUUGGAGCCAUAACACAUGAAUCAGUCAGUUUCCUGGGUGAGAAUCUGCAGCGAAUUGGAACAAAAUUUAAAAGCUCAUUGGAAGUUAUGACAACAUAUUCAGAAUGCCCAACUGUUUUUGUGGAUGCUGAAACGUUGAUGUCCUGUGGUUUACUAGAAACAUUGAAAUUCAGUGUUCUGGAGCUUCAAGAACAUUUGGAUACUUACAAUGCUAAAAGAGAGGCAGCUGAACAGGUAGUUAAUUUUUUUUGGAUACUAUUACACUAUAUUGAACAAGUCAAUGACCAGUGGGAUUUUAAAUGACAAAUAAUAUACUGGACUGUCCUACAGUGGUGUGUAAAUUGAGGGAGGUCAAAGACCAUAUGGCAUAUAUUCACAUUUGAAAUGGAAUCAAUCAACUAGGACUUCUUCAGAAAUCAACGUUAAAACAGUAAAAUUCUUUUUAAAAGUAGCAUUUCAAGAGGAAUAGAACUUUAAGCAAC